AUGUGUUUCUUCUGCCUUGGAACCCUCGUGCUGGAGGCUUCAGAGCUCAAGACACUAGCCGUCAGCUCCCCGCCCCAGGUGCUUCGUGUUCAAUUUGCGCCAGACACGGAAAAGCUUCUGCGCGACUGCAAGUUGAACCCUGCUGAGUUCUUCCGCUCUGUGCAGGCCGCCAAGGUGGCCUUGCCAACGGGACAAGGCUGGGAGGCUGCGAUAGCUACCAAGAAGCACAAUGCCGACUCGCGUGACGUAUUGAGAGUGCUCCACAGGUUCGAGUGCUACAACAUCUACCGCCAUGUUGUCGAGGCAGGCCUCCAUACGGGCGAGCACUGGAUACGGGAAAGCCGCCUGGAGCUCGUCAAGACACUUUGCCAAAAGAUGGCUCUUCGAUCACUCUUUGCGCGCGUCUUGGCGCUGGCUGCGCUGGUCCUCUGGCUCGUAGACGCUUCUUGGGCCGUCAAGACAGAGACGACUGCUGAACUGGAAGAGAAAUGGGGCUCUGACUGGGCGAUCUCCGGGAUAUCGACCUUCAAUCAUCUUCCGCAUUCGAAAUGUCUGGUGAACCAGUCUCUUGCGUUUGACAUUGCCGUCGUCGGGCUCCCCUUUGACGCGCUUACAACCUAUCGAUCCGGUGCUCGGGAAGGUCCUAAGGCCAUCCGCUGGGCAUCCGGACGGCACCUCUCCACGCGCAGCUUCCACACCAAACUAGGCUUCAACCCGUACGAGUCGUGGGCGUCGGUCCUCGAUUGCGGUGACGUGCCCAUCAUUCCCAACGACCCGGUGCUGGCCAUGGAGCAGAUGGAGGACGGGCUCGCCAACCUGCUCUCGCACCCGACCACGACCGACCGCUGGUCGCACCCGCGGCUCGUGCUGCUCGGCGGCGACCACUCCGUUGUACUGCCGAUGCUACGAGCGCUCAAGACGGUGCGCGGCGAGCCGGUCGCGCUGCUGCACUUUGACGCGCACAUGGACACCCUGGCGCCGGACGCGUACCCGCGCAAGGCCUGGAAGUCCAAGGCGUCCGAGGUGCACCACGGGACCGUCUUCUGGCACGCCGUGCAGGAGGGGCUGCUGAUUCCUCGGCGGCUGGUGCACGCGGGCAUCCACGGGCGCGUCACGGGCGCGGCGGACCUGGGGUCGGACGACGGCAUGGGGUUCCUGCGCAUCAGCGUCGAGGAGAUGGACGACGUGGGCGCCGACGCCAUUGCGGAUAGGAUCUACGAGGUGAUUGGCCCGGACGUGCCCGUCUACGUGAGCAUAGACAUUGACGUGCUGGACCCGGCGUUCGCGCCGGGCACGGGCGCGCCGGAGACGGGCGGCUGGACGUCGCGCGAGCUGAUCCGGAUCAUGACGGUGCUGGGCAGGCUCGACGUGGUGGGCGUGGACGUGGUGGAGGUGACGCCGGCGUAUGAUAGUGCCGGCGGCGACACGGCGUUUGCGGCUGCCAACCUGGCGUACGAGGCCAUCUCGAUGAUGGUGAUGCACGAGGAGGAGAAGGCGCCGAAGGAGAAGGCGCGUGAGAAUGUGCGAACGGAGCUUUGA